ACAUCCUCAUCCAUUUAUGAAUUAUGAUAGAUAACAAAUCACACAAAAUUCUUUUCUCUUGAAAGAACAAUUAAAAGAAGAAAAUAUAGUUAAAUAAUAAAAAACAGAAUUAAAUAGGAAAAAAGAAAAAAGAAGAGCAUAAAAGCAAGGCCAUUUUAUGGCACCCUUUCCCGCUUCCCUUUCUCUCUCAUAAACUCUCCCAUGGCGUCUUCUUCUUCUUCCAACCCGAACCCGUCAUUCCUCAACGGGUUCGACCCGAACUCCAUACCCAACACCACCUUCGUCCAAGCCGAGCCGUCCACGUUCCGGGCCGUGGUCCAGCGCCUCACCGGCGCAUCCCCCGCCAAGAUCGCCGGAAAACCCAUCUCCGGCGAUAUGGGUCCCCGGCGGCCCGCCUUCAAGCUCCACGAACGGCGGGCGACCGCCAGGAAGCUGGAGAUCACGCUGCAUUCUCACCGGGAAAGCGCGGUGAUGGCGUCGCCGGUGUCGCCGCUGGAGUACCUGGCGGCGCGUGGGAGCCCGAGAUCGCCGGAAGAAAGGGCGAUUGCUGAAAAGGGAUUUUAUUUGCACCCGAGCCCGUUGAGCACGCCCAGAGGAUCCGACCCGCCGGAGCUGCUGCCGCUGUUCCCGCUGCAUUCGCCAAGAGAUACUAAUUAGUUAUACCUCAUCAUCAUCAUCUUCAUUAAUUAGUUUGCUAAUCGCGUAAUUAGUAGUGCUAAUGCGCUAUUGUUUUUGUUGGAGUAAUAUUUAGUUCUUGGUUUAGUAGUAUAAUAUAAAUGUGUGUGUAUAAUGCUUAGAAGUUAGAAAGUGGCAUGUGAUACUAGUGGUUGAUUUGUGUGAUGUUAACUAAGGUUAUCUAGUGAGUAAUGUGGUGUUGAGCAAUUUUGUUAUUUUAAUGUGGCAUUGAAUUUUAUUAAUUGUGGAGAAAGAGAGAUUACAUAA